GAUGACACCGAACAACAUCAGUCCCUCUGAGCGCCACGCGGACGCCUCUCUCUCCCCCUGCACGUGUUUGGGUGAGCCACGCACCGCCAUUACAUCAUCUCUCCCCCAAGCACGAGCGCAUGGGCGAAGGGACGUUACAAAGCCGGAAUCCCAAUCGUUUUAGACACAAAGGAGCGAGGAUAAACAGCGGCGGGACGUGAUGCCGUGUGAAUGAGCUGAGCGCGGAGAGGAGGGGGCAGAGGAGAGACUGCACCGUCAUCAGCACCAGUCCUGCUCCUUUGUGUUUCCGCGGAGGAUGUGAAUGGCGAAACAUGACAUGGCAGAGGUAGAGCUGGCAUCAAACCCAGCGGAGCCCCCCGGCGGUGCGCCCUCGUCCUCCGCGUUCCCGUACGAGGAGUACGAGUGUAAAAUAUGUUACAAUUACUUCGACCUUGACCGGCGCGCGCCCAAGAUACUGGAGUGUCUGCACACUUUCUGCGAGGAGUGUCUGAACACGCUGCACCUGCGCGAGGAGCGGCCAUGGCGCAUCAGCUGCCCCGUGUGCCGCCACCGGACUCCCGUGCCCGACUACCGCAUCCAGAACCUGCCCAACAACACCAAGGUGACGGAGGACUUCCCUCUCUACAUCGACUCGGACCCCCUCCCUCAGGACGCUCUGCCCCCGUACCCCCCGCCUCUGCACCCGGCCCUCGUCGCCCUCCGCCGCGAGGAGGCAUCGGGCACGUCCAGCGUGAGCCACAGUCAGGCCACGCCGUCCACCACCGUGUCCACCGCCACCACGUUGUCCCAGGACUCCGUGCGCUACGACAGCUGUCAGAGCUGUAAGCGCGUGGCGCUCACCACAGGCUGCGUGUGCGUCAUCUUCUCCUUUCUGUCCAUGCUCGUGCUUCUCUUCAUGGGCCUGAUCUUCGUUCACAGCCACAGUAUCCCGCCCUCUCCGGCCGGACCCAUCUGCCUGUCUGUGGCCAGCAUCCUCGCCAUGUUCUCUGUGGUGGUCACGUGGCUCAUCUGCUGGCUUAAAUACAGACCGGACCACGACACAGGACGCACGUCUGCCACCAGUAACUCCAGGAGAAACGCCUGACUCUGUCUGUUAUUGUGGUGUGUGUAUAUAGACUUUGCUCCCUUUACUUUUGUAGGAACAUAACGUCCCGAAAUGGCCUUGUCUCAUAUAGCAAACACCGCGGGCCUUCAUGGAGCAAUAGGCCUGGUCCCGAGUCUCUCCGUGGCGCGUGAACUGUUAGGUCCAGUCGGUUGGUUUAUUUCCGGAGGCUCUUGGUUUGAUGACUGAAUGUGGAGCGCCUCUGCCCAGGUCGACCCUCCUCCCCCUCCCGCUGAUAAUAUGCACCUCCUCCGCUCUAUGCCACUGUAUGAUAUCACUCUGUCUUUACGGGCUCCUCUCUUGUACAGAUUUUGGGCUGGGCUGGUACUUGGUGUUUUGGAGUCAGACCCACAGAAAACAGGCUGUAAAUAAUUGAAUAAUGCGUUGGCUUUGGUCCAGACAGGGUCCAGAUAGUCCGGAUUCUCUAGGGCCGUGUUUCCCAGACAGAUAUGGAAAUGACUGAACGCUAGAUUUAAAAGCACUUUAUGUAUUUACAUGUAUUUAUAUUGCUUGGAGUAAGUUUGUCUGGAUUAGAAUGUAUGAGAAUACUGACCAAAAUGACUGUGAUCUGCACUCUUGAAUGUGCACUAUGUAACAUUUCUGGUGGAAGGUCUGCCACCUGCUUAUUUCCAUGGAGAUGUAACAGUUUUAUUUAGAAUGUUCCAGGGUAUGGCAUUACAUUUUUCUAUGUCUGUGGAGACAAUCAAUUGAUGGCACCAGGCUAACUUUAGGAAAUGUAUGGCAACUGUGGAACAUUCCAAGCAGUGCCAUAACAACUCUAAGGAGACAAGCAGGUGGUGGACUCUUCACCAGAAAAGUUACAUAGUGCGCCUUUAAUUGGGCAAGUCUUGCAUUCCGAUGUGACCUAAAGUGAUUGGAGAAACAACACAAGCUUGUGACUGCCCUGUGAAAGGAAUUUGUAAUUUUUUUAAGCAUAUUUAUUUAUAUUUUAUCAUAAUAUCGCUGUAGUAAACAAUGUGGGUGAAGUGUCUUGCCCAAGGACCCAUGGUAACCUAUACACGGUGGAUUGAAUAGAAUGGGAAUCAUACUGCCAACACUUCUAUUGCUAUAAUUAAACUAAGGCACAUUUUACAUUGCCUUUUCUAUUAGUAACAUUGGGAAACACUGCCUUAUGGAAAAUGGACUGUAUUGAUGUGAACUUUGAGACAGUACCAGGAACAGCGCAUUUCUCAUACUUGGGUCUAUGGGUGCAAUGCUUUUUAUUAUUUAUUUAUUUUUGCUGACGUUUUUGAAAUGUCUUUUUCUUUGCAUGAACGAUUUCUGAGGGUCAAAACCACACCAGUGGUUCUCAAACGAUCUCCUGUGUAGAUUAUUGUAGAUACAGGGUUUCUGAUAUAGAUUUGGGGUGCUUUCACACUUCCGCAAACACCAUAAAAACACAAUUUUGAUUAGAUCAGGACUAGAACAAGACCACUGAAGACUAUUUAAUCCUGUUUUAGACCUGGUUUAGUUCUUGAAUAGACUUGGGGUACAUUCACAAUAUUCAAAAUUGAACCCAACCUUGGACUAAACCCAGAAGUAAACUUGGGUUAGAUCAGGACUAAACUAGGACUAGAACAUGUCCAAACCAAAGUCUAAACCAGGACUAAGGACUGGGUGAUCUUGUUUAGUCUUGGUUUAGACCCAAUUUCGGAAUUGCUUUAGACCUCAUUUAGACCAGGUUUAUGUCCUGUUUUAAUCCACAGCACCUGUAAUUGAAAUAAUACAAGAGAAAUCAAUUUUAUAACAUAUUGUGGAACAUUAUUAGUCUGAUUCAUCAGUCGGUUUCACUUCGUAGAAACUGUCUGAUCUCGCAGCGCCAGAAUUUGUUCGCUUGACAGUAGGUGGGUACUUUUUCAAAUUUAACCAAUCGCUGUUAUUUGGUCGUGAUGUAUGUAAUGCGCCGCUAACGGGGUUAACUGGUAUAUUAAGCUUUUCCCAAAUCCCGUAGGAAGAAGGACAAUAAAGUCUUUCCCCUUGAUGAAAUUCACAGACCAUUCUCUUUGUUCCGGCUUUAAAUCCUCGAUCUCGCUGAUUGGCUGGUGCCCGAACUUGCACUUCCGGGGGUUUUGUGAACCAUCUACUGUAUUCUGAUUCCUGACCUAGUCUUUGGAUAGAAAUGAAACUGGGCGGAGGCACUAGGUGGCACCAGCCUGGCUAGAACAUUAUAGGCAAUGCAAUAACAUCUCUCCAAGUAGACAAACAACUGGCAUACUGUCCACUAGAAAAGUUACGUAGUGCACCUUUAAAGCCCAUUAUCUACAGUUGGUCUGUUUGAGAAUCACUGGCCUGACUUUCUAUCUGAAGUAAUUGAGAGAUAUUUUAAUCAUCUCUUGACUUGUGUGCCUCAUCUUACUGCUAUCUGAAGCAAACAUCACUGUAACCAUAGCGACAUGCACCGUGCACCAUGACAGCAUCAGUCUCCUGUUCUCACCAUCCACACUGCAAUUACAGGGUCCCCGUCUUUAUACACCCCCAAAAUGUUUUUACACUUCUUUUUAGCAUUUUCACUUGGCUUUGUAAAGGUGUUUGACCUAUAUUCAACACGAUUUCAAGCAUUUUCAUUUUUCUUAAAGUGCAUAUGACAGGCUUUCAUGUUUUUCUAAUUUAUUGGUUUGGUGAGGUUGUAUCUGUGGUAAAUAUUUAUCAGUUUUAUGUCAGUUAGUAGGAAAGGAAACAGCUAAGAGGAAAAGUACAAAACAGGAAGUAAGAGUACAAUACUCUUUCCUAUAGCCCAUGUAACUCUUUACACACAAGGAACGUAUUUUCUGACAGUUUAAACAUAGAUUUUAAAAAAUACAGGUGCUGUCAUUUAUUUUUAUUGGUCAAAUCAUAGUUAUUGUGCAAUUUCGACAAGUUUUGGCCCUAGUUAACAUGGUUGCUGGGUAACAAAUAACCUCUAUGUACUGUAUAUCAUAUUUGCUUCCCAUGUCCUACCAGAUAGUACAAUUAUGAACUUCACCAAAACCAGAAUAGAACUAGAUCUUUAAUAUUCAGUAUGUUAACUGUUUUAGUCAAAUUAAUAGUCUAACCUGUCAUAUGCACUUUAAAGGAACAUCACAUGGAAAUUGUAAAGGGGCUAUACUGUAUGUAGUCUUUUUAUAUUCCUUUUUGGUGGUAACACAUUUCAGUAGGUUGUGACAUAAGCCAAAGACUAUGCACACAACACUAUUAUUGUAAGCGCAGUGAUAUUAACAAAGCAGUUUUUUCAAAAGAUGUCACAUAUUACUCCAAAUUCAACUACCAUUUAUUUAAGUUUUUGUACUUGCAUACCAAAUUACAUGCCUCAAAACUGGCCAGGGAAACAGAGGUGUAUAGAAAACCCCCAUGAAGGCUUUUUAAAUAAGACAGUUUCUAUUUUCAUAUUUGUCAUGCCUUCUUCAGAUCUUCAGAUAUGAUUCGCCCACCUGGACCCUACUGUGCAUGUCCUGGUUGGUUGGAAAUUAGAUUCUUUAAUGUAAGAUAAAAGCCUUUGAGCUUCACCUUAAGGUCUAUCACAUGAAAUCAAAGUUAACUUUUGUUUGGCAAGGUAAAGCUAAUAUCUUCCUUAGUGUAGUAAUAGUAAUGAAUUUUGCACAAUGCUACAGUGGCUCUUAGGAUACAAUCAAUCUCACUUUUCAAAACUGAAUGUCAACGCACGUGUCCACUAACCUGUUUAAAAGAGCUGCAUGUAGCCUGUGCCCUUAAUAGUUUAAAAGAGGAACUACAACCACAACUGAACCUGGGUUGCCAGAGACUUAACCUGCAGAUAGAACACAUAUAUACAUGUUCUCAUUGUCAGUAUAUGAACUGGCCAUGCAUCAUAUGAAUUCACUCACUGAGCUGCAGAGGCUGCACUAGCACUGAUUUAUGAUUGACUGCAAGUUCUGGGAUUUAGGUAUUGACCAUUCAGAUCAGAGAGGGUCCUUUUAGGUCUAAACCAACUGGAUUUCAGCAUUGAAACUGGCAACCCAAAUAAGAGACGCUUUUUCAGAAUCGUCUUGAGAACCAAAACACCAAACAUAAAUAAUUGUUUUUGUAACUAAGAAUAAAUCAGCAUUACAAUUCUUCUCAGUAAAAGCUAUACUUGAUUUGAGCAUAUUUAACCUCGUAUCUGGGGACACAGAUGGGUCAAGUUUAUGACAUUUAAAAUGCAAAUUGUACAUCCAGUUCCUUUAAGCUUUGAGCACAUUUCAUUUGAAUGCCCCACUUGUUUUAUAUGGACGACCUGAUUUAUAGUGUAGUUGAAAAUGCAGAGUGAAAUGCUGUGCCAGCGUAGAAUUAACCAAUUCCAAAAGCCAAAGUCAUUGUGUCGCCGCAUCAUUGCACACUGCUGCUUUAUAGAGGGGAGGGGGGGGCACUGCAAAAACAAUCAAAUUAUGUCAGAGCUGCUUUUCAUGCUUUAAUCAAGCCUCUUUUACCCCUGUCCCAACUUUUGAUUCACUUUCACCGUCCUAUGUCCCAAAGUAAUGUGGGGCCUUGGACAUUACAUACUUUUUCACUGAAGAAUAGUUAGCGUAAUUAGGAUUUUUCAAAAAAAUCUUGCUCUGUUUUGUUUGGUAUUUUACUUCGUGGUGACAUGGGCAGCAGAUGUGACAUAGGUAGAGGUAAUUACAGUUCUGUUAACUAGCAACCAUAAUGUUAACAAUGGAGAUUUUAGAAUGUGAUGAUGUCAUAGUCCCAGAAAAAAACUGUUUUCCCUAUUGACUACAUCCUACUUUUUCAUGAAAUAUCCAAAAGAUAAAUUCACAAAUGUUGAACCUGAUCAUUUCUAUUACAGACCAGACCCAAGAACUCACUGUAUUACAACAAAAAUCAGCAUUCAUCUGUAAUCCAGUUAAACAGAAGUUAUGGUCAGACAAAAAUAAAUGACAACACCUUUUGUUUUGUUAAAGCAAUGUUUAAUCUGCAAACCGUCACUGCAUUUUGGACAUAAUUUUAAGAACUUGCUGCUACUUCCUGCAUUUUUCGUAUGUUGCUUCUGAUCUCCCCCCCACCCCCACCCCACAAACUGCCAUUGAACUGAUGAAAAACUGAUCAAUAUUGGCUACAGAUACUAUCCCACCAAACCAAGUCAUAAUUAGAAAAUAAUGUAAUGUCGCUGUCAUAGGCACUUUAAACUUCUAGUGUUUUGUAUGUAUUUAUUUGGGAAAACUCUAAUUGGAAUCUGUAGUUGUUGUUUUUAACUGCACAAUGAGAGAUUGGAGACACAUUUCUGAA